AUGUCGUCGAAUUACAGUGCCAUUAGUACUACCCAGUCUAUAUUUGAAAGUAUUGUUGGCAAUACUGACAAUUCACUACCCAGCGAUGCUCGAUCGUUAGCUGAUAAGGUCCAUUUCUCUACAGGAUUUGCUGAUAACUCUGAGUCCGAUCUGCUAGUACUCCCAUGUCCUUUCAAAGAGUGUGAGGUUAUUAGUGCUUUGAAAGGCGUCGAGGGUUCAGUUGCCAAUGCUAUCGGUAAGCUGCGAUAUGGUUUUGAGCAAACAGUCGACAUUGAGAUGUACCAUGCUAGCUUGUUCUUGCUUAUGGCAUAUGUGGCUUCUGUCAAUGGCCACAACAAACUUGACAAAGGUGUCAAAAAGUAUCUCAAGGAUACUGAUCUUCUCGCUGCUCAGUCCGAUCUUUAUAGACGGAUGUCAGCUAAUCUUUAUCGUACUAAGGACAGUCGAUACUAUCACAUCCAUGGCUCUCUCGAGGCCUCCACUACCCUUAAAAUGAUUGGAUUACCUUCUCACUCUGAUCUAUCCGAUUAUGACGAAAUUGUCGACUACAUUGGAACUGCGGUGUCGAAGUUCACUGCUGCUGAACUAGAGGAGUUGAAUAGACAAUACAGACAGGCCGGAACCACGGCUUUGACUCAAGAACAGUUCUUGGCUACUCCACAUGGAAAAGAAAUUGCCUCCCUGCCACCAUGGGAAGUUACCACAUUGGAAACUACUUCGCCGAAGGUUCCUUUCUCCGAACCAGCUGGUAUUUCUGGCAAGCCACAAAUAUUGGAAGGAUUCAAAGUUGUUGAAAUGUGCCGUAUUAUAGCCGGCCCUACCAUUGGCCGUAUUCUGGCUGAAUAUGGUGCCAAGGUCAUCAAGGUGACCUCUCCUAACCUUUCUGAUGUACCAUUUUUUCAGGUUGAUGGUAAUACUGGCAAGCAUACAACCGAUAUUGACAUUAAAACCGCAGAUGGACGUCAGCAAUUUGAGGCAUUGAUUGCUGAUGCCGACAUAAUUUUGGACGGUUAUAGGACAAAUGCUCUCAAAAAGUUAGGAUAUGGACCGGAUGAUUUCGCAAAACGUGGUAGAGACCGUGGUAAAGGUUAUAUUUAUGUUUCAGAGAACUGUUUUGGAUUCAAGGGCGAAUGGUCAUACAGACCUGGUUGGCAGCAGAUUGCCGAUUGUGUUUCGGGUCUUGCUUGGGCCCAAGGCCGUGCUUUGGGCAGGGAGGAGCCUAUUAUUCCUCCAUUCCCUAUGAGUGAUUACGGAACUGGUUGUAUUGGAGCCAUUGCCGCUCUUGAUGCUGUCUACAAAAGAGCUACCGUUGGUGGUAGUUAUUGGGCUAAUACUUCUCUGGUACAAUAUGACUUGUUACUGAUGGCUCAGGGACAAUAUCCCAACGAGAUAUGGCAGACCAUUAAAGACAAAAAUAAAGACAUGCAGGCUAUCAGAUAUUAUGAUUCCGUCGAUGCUAUAUCUUCGACUGCUCUGAAGGCCCUCCUGAAUGGCAAAAUUCUGGAUCGACUGUCAAGCUAUCUGACCAAAUUCGAUUCACCAGGUUUUAACGGAGAAGUCAAGGUUCUUAGCCCUGUGGUUAAAAUGGAUAAAACAAGGAAUGGAUUCAAUGAGACGAGUAGACCCAAUGGAUAUGACAAACCUGUAUGGUGGUAG